CGAAUGCUGAGGUGGACAAAUGGCAUCGAUUCCCAGCCACAGAUCGAGUGUAAAUUGUGCUUUGUGCGUCUUAUAGGAGCAAACCACACCCCAAAUACCAGCACAAUUAGUCUAUUACACUCUCAUCUGAUCAAGAUAUAGCACCACUAAUCUAAAGUCAGGAGUCAGGACAGUACUCAAUAUUUGCGAUGUUCAUACCCGCAUCUUCAGCAGUCAUUGUUUAUUCGCUCGCCACCGCUCCUAAGGGCUUAAACUGACUGUUCACUUUCCUGGACUAAUUUGAUCCUCUGGGCCCGGUUUUUCAAAAGGUUUAAUCCGGAUAAAAUUGAUCCGGAUUUAGUAAUCCUUUUUUUGCGAUCCGUGAUCACGUAAUCCAGCUUACUUUUGGAGCCAGUUUUUUAAAGCAACAUCGGAUUGGAUCAAUCUGAUCCGGAUAGGAACUUUUCAGGAUCACCAAAUCUGGAUAACCAGUGCUCAAACAGGAUAGGAAAUCACAAUGUAGAACUAUAGAUAUGUAAAGAGCAACAAGUAGAAUAGCCAGUGUGGGGUCAAUAUAAGUUUAUUUUUAUUUGAAAUGAAAACCCACACAUUUAAAAAAAAACUAAAAACAAGAAAAACCCCACCCCAUCCUCUUCCAGCAGUCCGCUCAUCUGAGACCUACAACACAAACACUGUACAUUGAGGAUAUUUAUAACAAGUAUCAAGUAUAGAUGUAUUGAAUUAAAAAAAAAAGACAAUGUCAAAUACUCCACAAUAAUUUCAGACUUCCUCAUCUGAUGUGGAGAGACCAGCUUGUCUGAGCGUAGCCUUUAGGAGGCGGAUCUCAAGUCUGGCCUUGGUUUGCUGCAGUUUGGUCAGAGUCAGUUGUUCCUCUGCCAGACGAAGCUGUGCUUCUGCCCUUUCAGUCUCUUUUUGCAGAAGUGCCUUGUAAUCAUCAUCUUUGUUUGAUGAAGGGCGCUUCAAGCCUUUCCUCUGAGAUCCUGUGGCAACUACCACUGGCUCAACCAAUGAGGAUCCAGCUUCUUCCUCAGGAACAGAGCUGAGAUUCAAUAUAAAUACGCUCUCUGGAUCAGCCUCAGGAGGAACUGGCAGAUUCUCCUCCUCCUCAAUCCAAGGCUCGCCAUCCCCUACAACACCUUGAAUACCAUGGAGAGCUUGCGACUUCUCACCUCCAAUGAUGUCGAGGACCACAUCUGUGCAAUCUCCCCUCUUAAAUGGCUUGUUGCCUGUUUGUGGGUUUUUGGCUUCAGCAUGGUCCUUUGUUGCCCUGGCCUUAAGAUUCUUCCACCGCAAUUUGAUUUGGUCUGUGGUCCUCCUCUUGCCAGACCCUAUGGCAUUCACAUUUUCUGUGAUUAAAAUCCAAACAUCAUUUUUCUUUUUGUUGGUAUCCUUAGCAGAAUUAAAACUUCCCACUAUUGUUCCAUAAUGGCACGAACACCCUCUAGUAGUGCAUUGGUUUCAGCAGCAGUGACGUUACAGCUUCUUGAGUCCAUGGUUCCGUUGCUUUACUAUAGUGAACAUUGUUCAUCAAUUAUAGGCCUUGGGUCCAAUUGCCUCAAUUGAGCGCAAGCCAAAACUAAUCAGUUGUAAUAGGUGUGUUUGAAAAGACCAACUACACUGCCAUAUAAAUCAGCCUUUCUCAGAGGAUUCACAGAGAGACAGUGAAAUGGCAGGUGUUGUCCACUGCCACCACCACUUUGCCAGGAGAGGAUACCGUCAAAGGGUGUAUGUUGAACGUACCAAGCCACUGGAGCAAUACACCACUGAGGAGCUGUAUGUCCGGUUUCGCUUUGGGAAGGCUGAUAUAGAGUACCUUGUGAACCUUCUCAGGCCAAAACUUCAACACAGAACCCAAAGGAGUCACGGUCUGUCUGUGGAAGACCAGAUCCUCAUUGCUCUCCGAUUUUAUGCAUGUGGGACUUUCUAUCAAGUUGUUGGUGACUAUAUGGGAGUGGUGAAAUCAGCUGUGUGUGAUGUGGUGAGAGAUGUGUCAAUCGCACUGGCCAGCCUGGUCAGUGAAUUUGUUUCUUUUCCGAAGGACAACCAGAUUGCCCAGGCCAAGUGCAGCUUUUUUCUUUUGGGGAAUAUGCCCAAUACUAUUGGAGCAAUCGACUGCACACAUGUGCAUAUACAAGCACCUCGUGAGAAUGAAUGGGAGUUUAUAAACAGAAAGGGGAGGCACAGCAUCAAUGUCCAACUUGUGUGUGAUGCUGACCUUAUAACCAACUGCGUUGUCAAGUGGCCUGGGUCUGUCCAUGAUGCACGCAUCCUGAGGGAGAGCGCUCUAUAUAGAGACCUCCAAACCAACCGACCGGAUGGCGUAAUAUUAGGAGACAGUGCCUACCCACUCCUACCAUGGCUGAUGACUCCUUUUCUAACAGCAAAUACACCGGCCCAGGCACGCUUCAACACUGCUCAUUGCAGAGCAAGAUGUGCAAUUGAGCGUUUAAAUGGAGUUCUUAAGAGGCGCUUUGCAUGCCUUAACUACCUGAGAGCGGAACCACAGAAAGCAUGCAACAUAACCCUUGCCUGUAUUGUCCUGCACAAUAUCACUACUAAGUGCAAUGUCCCUCUCUGUGCUGACAAUGAUGCACCUGAGCCCCUUGGAGCCCCUAACCAACCUCCUGCAUUCUGCCAGAACGAGCAAACAGGACGUGCAACAAGGGACGCAAUAGUUAGACACUAUUUCUGAUUUGGAUUUGUUUUGGAUUUCAAAAAUCAGUGAUUGCCAUUCUUUGCGUUUUUUUUUUGGUUAUUCUGUAAUCAUUGCAUGCAUCACUAAUAAAUAUUCUAAAAACAAAAAUAUUUUCGAUUGUGAUGAAUAUAUAUAUCAAUUAGUGACAGAAUAAAAUUUAUUGUUUUUGGUCAAUUUUGACAGCUGUUUGGGGGAUUAUUUUAUGAGGCCAAACUCUUUCUACUUUGCUGUAGGCCUAUACUGAAAGGCUGAAUACGUUAAAGCCUACCUAAUCACUGUAGCCUGACGGAUGAACAAAUAAAAUUAAAACCUUAUGAAUAAAUAGGAUAUCUUGUAAGAUACUGCAUGAUCCAAAUAUAGUAUUAUUUGAUACAUUUUUAAAGUUUUCAUUACAUUUUGGCCAUGAAAUCCACGCUGAAUCCACCCUUCUGAUGGGAUCAGUUUAAUCCAGAUUUUUUGGAUCAAAGUGAUCCAAAUCCUACAAAAAAGUUCAAAAAAAAAAAACCCAAACUAAAGGUUUGA